UGCGUCAUUACGUCCUGUUUGAACGUGGCGGCGCGACACCAGGCAGCAGUACAGCAGCAGAACUAAAGUUUUCAUUUGGCUAGCCCCAGUACUAUUUGCGUGGUAAAAGUCGUAAAAUCAAAAAGAAAAAUGUGAACAGGUAGCUAUUUUAUCUCAUUUGGCGUCUUAUACAGUUUGUCAUACCUGCACAAAUUGAUCAAAUACGGCUGUCACAGCGAAAUAUCCCAACUACGAUGUCUUGCAAAUUAAGUGGCCUGUUCAGUAUUGGAGAGGACUUUGACGAUGAGGACCUGCUAGGGACAGACUGGACUGUCCGCUCCACGUCUGGACCAGCCGAUGUAGCAGCUGCUGGCUCACUGUGCUCUCUGCGGGCCUCCUCUGUUCCUCACACAGAGCUGGAGAAAAAUGGCCCUCAGCAGGCUGGAGAGAGAUCAGCUGCUCUGUGUAGCAGCACAGCAUUGAGGAGCAACACGCAUGCUCCUGCUGGACAAACUGUUGCUUUAGGUUUGAGACAGCUCGCCUCCUCUUCCUCCUGUAACCCACCCUCAUCUCUCCCCCCUCCACCAAUAAAUAGCUCUUCAUCCACUUUGGCUGCACAACAGAAUCGUGCUAAUGUUGCACUAAAGUCCAGCACCACUCAGGAUGACUUUGACGACUGGGAUGUCGACCUGGCAGACCUGGAAGAGUUUGACAGCCAGAUGGGGCAACCUUCUGCUGCAGCAAAAUGUGCACCUGCAGUUGAUCCUGCAACUGCAGCCAAAACACUGCGACCCCCAACUUGUGUGGGGAAUCAAACACGACCUAGUGUAAGCCUGAGGGAGCUUAGCACUUCACACCAGCCUCCCUUUUCUUCAAGUCCUAACCUUCAUCCUCAGACUCCUUCUACUCCUCUUUUUCGGCCUCCAAAUCCCCGUCCUCUUUUAAUGUCAGCCCCUCCACAGACUCUAGGUACUUCCCCUCGGACUUCUCCAGCCCCCAGCCCCAUGUCCAGGACUCUUAUCAGACCCCAGCAGCCACAGAAACAAUGGACAACUCCAGGACAGUCUCAUCAGGCUCGUGGCCUCUUUGAAACUGUCACCCCAGCUCCAUCUCCCUCCUCUAACUCAUCCGCUCUGCCUCUUCAUCCUCUCCAUACGCCAGUUCUCACAAACCGCCUGGUCCAGCUGGUGUCUGCAUCCAAUAAGCUUCCAAAGAAGAGGCCUCGCUCUGAACCUCACAGACCAAGGACACGGCGCUUCCCUGGCCCUGCUGGACUCCUACCCCAACAGCCACAGGGCCCAAGCAUGGAUGAAAUAGUGGUUUCUGUCCCUGUGGCUCCCGCUCACGGUGCCGCCGCCCGCCUACCAAGCCAGGGCUCAAGCUCGCAGACUGAGGAAGACGACUUCAGCAGCGGUGCCUGGGCAGCCAUGAAAGCCGAGAUGGGACUGGAUGAGAGGAACCCUUCGUGCUUCCUGCACUCAUACAGCGUCAUCAUGGUGCUUCGAAAGGCUGUGCUGAAACAGCUAGCAAGAAACAAAGUACCCAACAUGGCUGUGCUCCUGAAGAGCAUCGUCCACACUCACGCUGAUGCCAAAGCUGUGUUUAAAGACCCGACAGGGGAGAUUCAGGGAACAGUGCAUCGGCGCCUCCUAGAGGAGAGAGUGGAGGAGCUGAAAGUUGGAGCAGUGCUGCUACUCAAACAAGUCGGUGUGUUUUCCCCCUCCCAUCGUAAUCAUUACCUGAACGUGACGCCCAACAACCUGCUGAGGAUCUACGCCCCUGAUGGGGUCAGUCUGUCCUCCACCCAGCUUCCUCCUAUUGUGCUGGAGCCGAUGCUGCUGUCUCCCGCUCGCUCUCGCAGUGUCAGCCGGGAGCCUGUGUCUCGCAUGCACCUGAUGUUUGACGAGGACGAUGAGGAGGGGGGAGAAGAAGGGGGCAAAACCCCUCAAGUCCCAGAGGGCCCUCAAGCUGGCUGUAUCAGAGGGCCCCAGGAGGAUGCUGGGAAAUCAGCAGCACAGGACUCAGGCUGGGAUGCAGAUGAUGACCUGGAUGAUCUGAUGGGAGAAUUACCUGAGGACACCUACAGCCUUUGAUGUCAUAUUUCUGCACAGACUCACCACUUUGACUCUUGCUAUCUUACCAUUCCCUUCACACAUAGGAUGUUGUCCCCCUGCAUUCAGUAUAUGUUGUAUAGAUGUUUGUCCUAUUAAGCCGACCGUGUAUGACAUCCAGUUCAUAAAUACCACAGAGAAUAAGUCAUUUGUUGUUGCUGUGUCAAUUCCAUGCACCGCUGAUGAUGGAAAUGUUACAAGAGGCAGUCACUCGAAGCGAACACUUGCUCAUUUAUUUACUACAAAACAUCAAAAAUGAGCCCUGAAUUCCUUCUGAAUUCUUGUAAAGUAGCUCUACAUCACAUUAGUGUUGUGUAUUUAUAAUUCAGCCCUCUUUCUUCUUUACUUUCUUAUCUGUUGUUGCGUUUUCUUCACUGACCUUGAAAAGCAGGACUUAUCUAAACAGCAUUGAUUAGCUAAUUAUGCAAAAUGAAAGUGAAGUGAAGCCUCUGCAUUUUCCUUAUUUGAUUGUCCUUGCUUCCACUUUUAGUCUGUCUCUGCUGUCAUCAGAGUGCAGUGGAUAAACUGUGACCCCUGCCUGUUUGCCAUGUAUUAAGAGGAGUGUCAGGUUUUCAGGAAGGGAUUGCAGGCAGAUGUCCCAUGUGGUUUCUGUUUACCCAGCCCUGUCUGCAGGGUGCCAGUUAGUCCUACUGUGACUAACAGGCUCUUUACUGUAUGGAGGCUUUCCCAAGAGGAGCUGAAACCCACAUCCAGACUCAUCCACCUCCUCUUCUUCAUAGAUUCAGGUUAAUCCUUUUCAUCUUUUGUAUUUUACGCUUAAUGCAGGAGCUUAGAUUUCCUGCUUUAUGUUUAAAAGACAAAUAUGAGGAUAACACUGCAUUUUCAGCAUUUGGUAAUGCAUUUUUCUCUGUUGUUUCGCUAAAAUAAGAACUGUUUGGAGUGCAGUCUGUAAAUA